UGCAAAGCGGCGGCGGUGGCGGAGUGAGCUGUUCAGGGCAAGGGGACUUACUGAAAGUGAGAGUGGAGAGCGUCACGGCGCAGCGGCGCUCGUUAGGACUUGGCGGGGCUAUCCCGGUGGAUUAAUGUAUAGCGUGGGACGGCAAACUUACUGCACAUUGUAUUCUGCGUAUCAUAUUCGCUUCAAGUGCUGAGCGGGAGAAAGAUAAACAGAGAUAUUGAAGGAGUAAAGGAGCUGGUGAUGCAAACAGUCUCAAUCAUGUUCUGCUUGUACUCUGGCUUGACUGUGGAUCCGUGAAGGAAUUACUCGCAGACAAUGAUUGCUCAUAGCUUCGCUUCAGGGCACAUCUACUGUAUCAUGCCAGGCUGCUCGAUGUAUAAUGAAUGUCCCAGGACUAGGUUGAGCUGCUGCAGUUUAAUCUGGCAAGACUAGUCAAUCAAAUUGUUGAAUAUGCCAGGAAGCCAUGAUGAUCCCAGAUCAGAACAGCACAGCUUCCUCGUUUUUUUUCAAUUCCAACCUCUCGUGGAACAGGGGAUCCCAGGACGGGGUGGUCCUGGGCGAAGGUGCUAUGGACGGGAUCGCCGGCAGCCUCCUCGGUUUGUCCACGAGUCCGCCCGCGGCCUCCCUGGCAGUGAACGCCACCGUCAUCGGUAACAGCACAGCCGACCCUCUCGGGGGCCACGCCGUCUGGCAAGUGAUCCUGAUCGCCUUCUUCACCGGCAUACUCUCGCUGGUGACCAUCAUCGGCAACAUCCUGGUGAUGGUCGCCUUCAAGGUGAACAAGCAGCUGAAAACGGUGAACAACUACUUCCUGCUCAGUCUCGCCUUUGCAGACGUGAUAAUUGGAGUGAUUUCAAUGAACCUGUACACCACCUACAUCAUCAUGGACCGCUGGGCUUUAGGCAACGUGGUGUGUGACCUGUGGCUGGCUAUUGACUAUGUUGCCAGUAACGCCUCUGUCAUGAACCUUCUGGUUAUAAGUUUUGACAGGUACUUAUCCAUCACACGGCCGCUCACCUACAGAGCUAAACGAACUCCCAAGAGAGCUGCAAUAAUGAUUGGCCUUGCUUGGAGUGUUUCAUUUGUACUCUGGGCUCCCGCCAUUUUGUUCUGGCAGUAUUUUGUUGGCAAGAGGACAGUGCCACCAAAUCAGUGUUUAAUACAGUUUUUAUCGGAACCAAUAAUAACUUUUGGCACGGCCAUUGCUGCGUUUUACCUGCCGGUCACCAUCAUGACCAUCCUGUACUGGAGGAUCUACAAGGAGACAGAGAAACGCACUAAGGAGCUGGCAGCCCUGCAGGCUUCAGCCCGCGACAUGGAGCCGAUGCACCUUGUUCGCCCUGCCGCCAGCAGCACGAGGAGCUGCAGCAGCAACGAGCUGCAGAGGGCGAAGGGCAAGAGGAGGCUGGGCAGGUGUCACUUCUGGCCCCUUCUCUCCAAGUCGUGGAAGGCCAGCGCGGAGGGGGAGCCGGAGCCCAGCAGCAGCGACAGCUGGAACAACAACGACGGCGGCGGCGGCUCCCUGGACCACUCGACCUCUUCCGACGAGGAGGACGUGGUGUCGGAAACCAGGGCGAUUUACUCCAUUGUGCUGAACCUCCCCGGGCUUCAGGCGGCCGCCACCGCUGGGUUGUCCAAGUCGGACAACGUGGAUCUGUGCGCUGACAAACUCAGCGAAGACGACGCUGACGAGAAGGAAGGGAAGUUCAAGGAGGAGCAGGAGAACAGCUUCCAUCAACAUUUCGCCAAGCUCCCCACUCACUCCAUGCCCUCGAUGCAUCCUUCCAAGACCAUGGGAGGGAUUUCCGCAUUAGCAAAGUCAUCCUCGUCCAUGCCCCUGUCUUUCAGAGAAACCACCACCUCGAAAGCAUUUGCCACGAAGACGAGGACUCAGAUAACAAAGCGUAAGAGGAUGUCGCUGAUAACGGAGAAGAAGGCCGCACAGACCCUCAGUGCCAUUUUGCUGGCGUUUAUCAUCACAUGGAUGCCUUACAACAUUAUGGUGCUGGUGAACACCUUCUGUGACAAGUGUGUCCACGACGCACUGUGGCGCCUGGGCUACUGGCUGUGUUAUGUUAACAGCACGGUGAACCCCAUGUGUUACGCGCUAUGCAACAAGAACUUCAGGAACACUUUCAAAGCGUUGCUGCUGUGCCGGUGGGAACAGAAGAAGAGGCGGAGGCAGCAGUAUCAACUGAGACCGUCUGUGGUCUUCCAUAAAAAGAUUCCAUGCCAAGCUUCCUGAAGCUGCAGUUUGCAGACCGUGACUGGUUGUGCUUGGUAGCAAUUGCAUUGUGUUUCUCCGUCUCCUUGUUGAACACUGCAUUGUUCAAGACCCAUACUGGCUAUUAGUGUUGUGAGCACAUGGCUGGCGUAAAUGCUGCUUUUGUAUUAUGUGUCGGAUGGUGUUUACAUGAUGUAGUCAGCAGUACAAGUAUUUAAAGUAGUGCUGAUGUAUUUAAAUUGUGUAAUUUUGUCCUUCUGUUCAUAUGAGGUUCAUGUACGCUUUGGCUUAAUAUUUAUUUGACAUCAACAGAGCACUUAAGUCCUAAACCCUAUUAUUCAAUGCAGCAUUACAAAUGCUGCGUUUCGCAGCUCAGUCCUGGAGAGUACUCCUUACCUCAACUUGCACAUGUGUUUCCACUCCCUUCCUUCCUUUCACCUGCGGUACGGUGGUACAGUGGUAGAGUCGCUGCCUCACAGCGCCAGGGUCCCGGGUUCGAUCCUGAC